AUGGUGGCGGUGGGGGUGGUGGCGGCGGUCGUGGCAUCGAAAGGCAAGCCAUAUCCGGAUGACGCCACGCAGACUUACGCUCUAUCGGAGACCUGGGAGAGGAGAGAUAUCGACGACGGGGUUUCACUUUCGGGAAAUGGAUUCUCUUCGGAUAAUUUCGACUACUUCACGGGCGGCGAUCCGUCGGCUGGGCAUGUCCACUACGUCCCAGCUGAGAUGGCUGCCUCUUACAACCUGACAUACGCCUCUCCCUCCUCAGCCGUACUACGCGUCGAUACCUCAGUUACCAACGAUACUGUCCCAAGUCAGUGUUUGGGCAGUAGCCAAUUCCCUCCAUUCCCUUCCUACAAGUAUCCCAGUGGCAGCCUACUCCCCCAGACAGACUGCUCCCAAGAAACCCAAAAACGAUCACCUGCUGACUUCCGCAUCUUCGGUAGACGCCUCGACAGGCCUCUUCUCGGUGCGCGUCACGUCGGAGAAGCAGUCCGGUCUCAAUACUCUCUUCAUCUUCGACUUGAAGCACUCCCCAAUCGGCUGCGGCACCUGGCCCGCUCUCUGGCUCACCGAUCCAAGCCACUGGCCCACCAACGGCGAGAUAGACGUCAUGGAAGCGGCGAACACCAUGGAGCCUCCUACAACCAGAUGAUGCUGCACACGUCCAGCGGCUGCAGCAUGAAAUCCGUGAAGCGCAAGGAACGCGGCUCGGUCAUCGCCUCCAGCUGUGCCGACACGACCUUCGGCUCGACGUUUAAUGCCCGUGGCGGUGGCGUGCUCGCUCUCGAGCUGCGAGAGGCCGCCAUCCGGAUGUGGCAGUUCGCCCGGGCCGUCGUGCCCCCUUAUGUCUGGAGCAGUAGGCCGGACCCGAACGGCUGGGGCGCGGCGACAGCCGAUUUCCCGAACACGGACUGUAAUAUCCGGAAGCACUUUAGGAACCAGAGCAUCGUGGCGAACAUCGACCUGUGCGGGACGUGGGUGGGGGCGACGAGCACCUAUUCCGAGCACUGUCCUGGAACUUGUGUCGACCAAGUGUCAAUCAACACCACGGCGUUUACGGACGCGUAUUGGGAGUUUGGGAACUUUACCAUCUUCUCCGUCUCCUGA